GUGCGCUGACGUCAGCCUGCGGGUAACCCCCAGGUCCGCUUCAACUGAAGAUCUGUUUUGAGACAAAGGACCGGGAGCUCAGUGCCGGCGGCCGGUUGAGUUUGUUGGGGCUGAGCUUUAAUUUUGCGGGAUGUCAGGACGUGGAAAAGGCGGCAAGGGGCUGGGGAAAGGAGGAGCCAAGCGCCACCGGAAAGUGCUCCGGGAUAAUAUCCAGGGGAUCACCAAGCCGGCGAUCCGCCGGCUGGCUCGGCGAGGCGGAGUGAAGCGAAUCUCCGGCCUCAUCUACGAGGAGACCCGCGGCGUUUUGAAAGUCUUCCUGGAGAACGUGAUCCGGGACGCGGUCACUUACACCGAGCACGCCAAGAGGAAGACGGUGACCGCCAUGGAUGUGGUGUACGCCUUGAAACGGCAGGGUCGCACUCUCUACGGUUUCGGCGGAUAAGAAGCCGGUUCAAACAUCGUUCAAGACGGACUUUAUUACACAUCGGGCUUUUUAUUCCCGUUUAAAAAAAAACACACACACAUGGCUUUGCUUUUAGUGGCGCGCUUACUUAUUGUGUUCUCGCAGUUCCGAGUCCGUCUUUUGGGGUGGGGGAAAUUGUGAAGCUCUAGUUUCUGAUUGGCUGCCUCGUAGUUUGAAAGUUGCCCAAUAGGAACCUGCACCACCGUCUAUCCUUCAUUUGCAUAUCAGUCUUUAUAAAUACCGAGAGUGCGCGGCCCUCGGCUAUUCUAGCUCCACGUUGGUUGCUUCUUUUGAGUUUGUCCUUGUUUCUACAAUCCCGGGACUUUUGAUUCCUAUUCGCUUCGAAGAUCUGAUUAUUGUGAUGAGUGAGACAUUUUUUUUUAAAAAGUAGAUCCUGUAUGCAAUUCGGGACCAGUGAUUUUUUUUUAAUGAAAUGUCGCCUUCGCUAUUUUUGAAACUUUGUUGCAGACCCUCUUCCUGUAAUAAAAAAAUUGAGUUCA